AUGUCUUUCCGAGGCGGUUCCCGCGGUGGCCGUGGUGGUGGCCGUGGUGGUUUCCAGCAGCGUGACUUUGGCCCGCCCGCUACCGUCCAAGAAAUGGGCACCUUCAUGCACGCCUGCGAGGGCGAGAUGGUCCUCUCCUCCACCAACACCAAGGUGCCGCAGUUCAACGCGCAAAUCUUCCUCGAGAACAAGACCGCCGUCGGCAAGGUUGACGAGAUCCUCGGCCCCAUAAACCAGGUCUACUUCACCGUCAAGCCGUCCGAGGGCAUCCAGGCCACCUCCUUCAAGGAGGGCGACAAGUUCUUCAUCGCCCCCGAGAAGACCCUCCCGCUCGACCGCUUCCUCCCCAAGCCCAAGCCGCCUCCCGGCGCGCCCAAGCCCAAGCGCGCCGGCGGCGGUGGUCGCGGCGGUCCUCGUGGCGGCGGCUUUGGCGGUCGCGGCGGUCGCGGAGGUGGCGGCUUCGGUGGUCGCGGUGGCGGUCGCGGAGGUUCCGGUGGCUUCUCCCGCGGCGGCGGUCGCGGCGGCGGUGGUUUCGGAGGACGCGGUGGUGGCCGUGGUGGCUCCGGCGGCUUCUCCCGCGGCGGCGGCGGUCGCGGUGGCGGCGGCUUCAGCCGUGGCGGUGGCGGUUUCAGCAGAGGCCGGUAA